CCAUCCUCCAAACUUCUUCUGACCCUCUGUGGAUUCAGAAUUGUUUGAAAUCAGUGGGAAUAGGGCAAGCCAGGAAGAGAGAAAAGCUUACCACAUUCCUUCCUCUUGCCAGCAGAGUCCUCAGAGCAAUUUGGCUGGAAAAUUGGCUUGCUGGAGUGAUUCAAUUCUAACAGAAAGAAUUAAUAAUUUACCCGUGUGCUUAAAGACAGGAGCUGGGUAACUUCCUAAUAAGAAAGGCACAGAAGUUCCAGAACAGAGGAAGAAAGCAGUGAAGUGAAAAUCUUUAUUUUCUCCCACAUCCAGAAUGGAUCGGGGGAGGAAGCAUCAGAUAUCUAAUCUCCAAAGGAAUCAAUUGGGAUUGGAUUUCAUCUCCAUGGUGAAUCAUUGACCUUCCUCUCUUUUCUAUGGGAGAAUGAUGACUAAGAUUCCACCAGCUGACACUAGCAACACCUAUGAAAACCUGGAACACUGGAGGCCAAGGCAGCUGGCCAACUCCUCUUUGGCUAAUUUCACUUUUCCAUUUGGGUUUGGUCAAAGGGCUGACUAUGCCCUGAAUGGCGUCAUUAUUGUUGUCAUCUUCAUUGUUAUGGUAUCUCUGGGUUGCACAAUGGAGAUCUCCAAAAUCAUGGGUUAUCUCCAGAAACCCAAGGAAGUAGCUGUUGCCGUGGUGGCUCAGUAUGGAAUCAUGCCUCUGACAGCAUUCGUGCUGGGCAAACUCUUCCAACUGGAACCCACUGAGGCACUGGCUGUACUCAUCUGUGGCUGUUGCCCCGGUGGAAAUCUUUCCAACAUCCUCAGUCUGGUAUCAAAAUGAGACAUGAACCUCAGUCUCUUCCUUUUUCAGGCAGGUAUGAUUGUUCUGCUUGUGCUGUCUAUCACAAUAAUUGUUCUGAGUGUGGUCAGUUUCGGACGCAGUAUCUUGAUCAUCUUCUCUCCACGCUUGCUGGGAACAUCAGCUUUGAUGCCUGUUAUUGGCUUCCUUGGUUAUAUUCUGUCUGCAUUCUUCAGCUUCAGUGAUCAGUGCAGGCGGAUAGUCUGCCUGGAGACCGGUUGCCAGAAUGUACAGCUCUGUUCAACCGUCCUCAAGAUGGCCUUUGCAUCUGAAGUCAUUGGGCCACUCUUCAUCUUCCCUUCUCUGUACCUGAUUUUCCAGUUGGGAGAGGGACUUCUCCUGGUUGUGAUCUUCAGGAGUUAUGAAAAGAUAAAAGAAACAAAUGGCAAGUACAAUCUUUUGGUAGGGGGGCACCUGUUCCUUCCUUUAAAGAUCAGCAUUUAUUCUAUAGAUUGCCAGGACAGUUCAAUUUAGUUAAGUUUGCCAGAGUCCAAUCUGUGAUUUAAGUAGUUGCCAUUCUUCAGGGUUAUCAGUAGGGUUGCCAUAUUUCCAAAAGUAAAAACCAAGGCACUCCGAAAGUUGCCGAAGAUCCAGGACAAACAGCUGCCUUCCCGAAAUUCUCCCUGGACGUCACUUCCGCCUUUGAAAUCCCGGUAAUUUCUGGGAAAUCCUGGAUGUAUGGCAGCCCUAGUUAUCAGUGAAGUAUUUUAUUAAAGGAUGCCUUUUUCAAUAAAAUCAUCUACUGUACAUCAUUUGGAUUAUUCAAUGCAUGUAAUCUCCUUGUUAAUUUUUAUGAUACAGCAAUAGACCAUACAUUCAGUUUCCAAUGGCAUGAAACUUUGUAAAACUGAGAGCUGUUUGGUUUUUGAGAUUCAACUUGUGUAAACUUCAGUUAUGACUACAUGCAUAGGCAUGUAGAUAUAGUUAAGCACAUGGAAACUGCCUUUCCCAGUUGCACUUUUCCACAUUGUUAAUCUGGCUCUAGAUUAGUUAAACAGCAAUUGUGGAACAAAAUGGCAAAUUGAUGAUAAAUUCUGGCAACAGGCAAAGACCCUUUUAUUUUCAAAGGCCUUUUAUAUGUGUAAUUGUAUCCCAGGUUAUUCAUUUUAUCUGUGGCUUUUAGAUUUUAUUGGUUUGAUUGUAUUAUUGCAUUUUUAUCUGUUUUAUUGGGAAAACGUUUAUUUGAAGGGAGA